UAUAGUCAUAGAGAUUUAAGUAUUUUACUGCUUAUUUUUAGUAUUUUUAUUUUUUUUUCCCGUGCAAUUAUGCAAAAGGCCCGGUUUUUAUUUCCACUUCUGCUGCCUUCACUCGAACAGUGGGAGUUGUGCGAGGGUGCUGCGGCUGAACGGGAAGGAGAAGAGAGUAGUUAUAGAGAAGAGGAAUAGAGAGUGAAUAAUGGAAAUUGAAAAGUACACACAAGAUUUACUUCAAAGAAUUCAGAAAAUAGAACCAGAGAAUGCCAUCAAAAUCUUUGGCUAUCUUCUUUUGCAGCAUAGCAUUGAAGAAAUAAUGGAAUACGUCUCUGGAACUGAGGAGAAGAUACAUUCUCUCAUAGCCGAGGCAAAGUCAUAUUUCAUGUUAUCUCCCAAGUUCAAAUUCCCAGAUCAUUUACAUCCAUGCUAUAGCCAUGCUAUUUCCCUUCCAUUAUCUACUCCUCCAAGCAUUCGAGUACCGGUACUUAAUCAACAUACUGUAAAUCAUCAGUCCCCUUUUCAAAACUUGGAUCAUUUUCCUCAUAAUGAUUCUUGGACUAUGGAGGAGCACUUAUACCCGUCAAAUUCCAUUGGUGUUGAUCUACCAGUCAAUUUUCGCUUUCCUGGUUUUAGUUUUGGAUCAAGGAGUCAGGCACUUCCGAGUGACAAUUACUUUUACAAAGGUUACUGUAAGCUUGGACAAAGCUGCAAGUCUUUCCAUGAUCAUGCCAAUCCAGAUUGCUUCAAUACAAUGUUUGGGAUUAGCGUGAAAGAGUUCCCCAUUGAAGAUCAUAUGUUCUCUCCAGGGUUGAUUGAGAAAUUAGAGAUGGAGAUCACAAAGCUGUUGAGAACAAGAAGGGGUGUUCCGGUGUCUCUAUCCUUAUUGCCUGUAUUUUAUCAAGAGAUGUAUGGGAAACCACUUCUGCCAGAGGGUUAUCUUACCGAAAGCCGACGACAUGGAAAAGUUGUCUUAAGCCUAAUGAAGCUUCUUGCACAAUUAACAAACAUUAGGCUUUUUGAUAGACCUCAUGGACAGUAUUGGGUGAUAUUAGAUGAGGAUGUUUCUAAGUACAUGGAAUUUAUGACUGAAAGAAAUGACCCUGGAAAUUCUAGCUCGCAUCAGAUUUAUCUUACUUUCCCUGCUGAAAGCACAUUUACUGAUGCUGAUGUUCAGAAUUACUUCAAUCAAUUUGGUCCUGUCCAUGAUGUGAGGAUCCCACACCAAGAGAAGAGGAUGUUUGGUUUUGUGAGCUUCUAUCAUCCUCAGACAGUAAAGCAAAUUUUAGAGAUGGGACAUCCCCAUAAUAUAUGUGGUUCUCGUGUUCUUGUCAAACCUUACAUAGAAAAAUCAAAAUUAGUUCAGAGGAAAUAUGCUGAGAAGUUGAAUGAUGAGAUGUAUACCUCAUCUGCUUCUUUUGAAAUGGAUAAUGCUCUUAGUCCAAGGCAAAGAGCUUGUGAAAAUUCCCAGUUUCAUAAAAAGCAGCAGAUUGAAGAUUGUGAACCAGCAGUUGAUCUCAUGAGAAGACAACUCGAGCUGCAGCUGUGCCAAAAACCACUAACUCAACAACCCUACCUUAGAAAUGGGUUGGAGGAGUCAAACUUCUUACAGGAUCGUUUCAGCUCUUUAAGUAUUAUGUCACAAGAAAAUACAGAUAAUGAUAAUAAGACCUGGCAGCCAUGUAGCAACUGCAAUAAUCAGGACAGCCUAAUUCAACUACCAGAGAACCCUUUUGCUUCUCCCAGAUUUUGAUCUGACAACCUUUACAAGUCUUAUAGAGAAAGCCUACAACAAAGAACUUUAUACAGCUACAGUUCUCUGAUACAAAUAACAGAAGUUCCAAAAGUUGAAAGGAAGUUUGAUACAGAAACUUGCAAAUCAGACAAUAUACGUAACAGUAUUAUCACAGAGCUAAACUCUUGUGAUGCUUAGAAGAGUAGACUUUUUAUUAUAUUUGUUUGGCUAUUUACAAAUUACUGGACCUAAAGUUUUUUGUAGCUUACUUGCAUAUAUCAGCAACUAGUUCUGAGAAGAAAUCAUACAAUACUGAAUCUAAUUUUAUUGAUGAUGCGGGCUA